AUGGAGCCGCGAGAACAAAGACUUGCGGCUUGGCUCGUAAAGCAAACAGAUUGCAUCUCGAAAUGGGACGUGCGGGUGUUCUAUAGACUGUGGCGUGUGGGUGCGCACGAGUGGCUCACGGGUGUGCGGGGCGAGGCAGCGAGGGGGGUUACAGGUCAGGCGGGCCGUGAGAACGCGCGCGCGCCGCCGGUUCCCAGGCACGCGCCGCCCGCGCCCGGCGCGCUUCCUACAAUCAUUUGA